AUGUCUCUUGGGGGCCCCCCAAAAGAGGUUCAUGUUAGUUCAUGUGUAGGUGAAUGCUCUCCUCCAAGUAAGAGAAUGAAGCACACGGAUAAGUUAAAUUUAUAUUGUAGUGAGAGGAAUGUUGUUGGGUGCCUCUUAGCCAGGACACCUCCAGAGGUAGAGUUGAGCCCACUUGUAGAGAAUUUUAACUUUUUAAGUCUUGUAUCUAAAGUGGAGGUGUUGGCUGUUAUCAAAAGAUCUAAGAUGCAUAGACUACCACAAAGAUCCCUGUAUGAACCACAAACCUUCCUAGACUUUUGUAUACUUUCAACCUAUAAAUAUUUUAACCAAAAAGUUAUAUACAGCCCUUUAAUAAAUGUAAAUUUAAUUAUAGGUAAGCCUCGUGGAAUCCGUACUGCCCGCAAGCACGUGAACCACCGCCGUGAACAAAGAUGGCACGAUAAGGACUACAAGAAAGCCCAUUUGGGAACUCGCUGGAAGGCCAAUCCCUUUGGUGGUGCCUCCCACGCUAAGGGCAUUGUCCUUGAGAAGAUUGGUAUUGAGGCCAAACAGCCUAACUCUGCCAUUCGUAAGUGCGUUCGAGUCCAGCUUAUCAAGAAUGGCAAGAAGAUCUCUGCUUUUGUCCCCCGGGAUGGUUGCUUGAACUUUAUUGAAGAGAACGAUGAAGUGUUAGUGUCAGGAUUUGGUCGUAAGGGCCAUGCCGUCGGUGAUAUUCCCGGUAUCCGUUUCAAGGUAGUGAAGGUCGCCAACGUUUCCCUGCUUGCUCUGUACAAGGAGAAAAAGGAGAGGCCUCGUUCUUAAAUUAGCCGUUCUCAAAUUAAAGGAAAAAAAUCUAAA